AUGUUCCGGACUCUCUUGCGAGAAUUAGCCCGUGCCUGUUUAAAGCACUUCGAAAUUGAGCAGGAGCUAGCAUUUCAAAAGAUCGACGGAAAAAUAUCCCUUUUAUCAGCUCUUGGCGAUCCUCCUAAGCUCCAUCCAGAGCAGAGGGCCACUGGAACUCAAGAUAAUCCGAUGGAUGUAAUUCGUCAAGCUCUUCAGCUAGCUGAGACAAGUAACCUUCCUGGCUCAGAGGCAAGUCCCUAUCUCGGCCGUUGCUCCUACAGGCUCCCCUCGAAACACGAAUAUUCAGCUGGAAACCGUGUCUUCUCACGUGUCUCUUUGCCCAAUGGAUUAGGUUCUGGAAUGCUUGUCAAUCGAGAUCCGGUUACCGAACUCACAACCGUUGCUUCUUGGACCGGUCCACUAGACCGAUACGAAAAUCCAGACCUCGAAGUGACAUCUAGCCACACGUACACUAGGAAAGAUGGUUGCCUCAUUGGUUCUUCUGCAGAAGCAGGAUGUAAAGAGGUAAGCAAAUAA